CCCCAUACCCGCGCCGUGCGGGAGCGGCUGGAGAGGCAAUGCGACCAAGUGCGACGCCUGGAGCAGCAUCACGCACAGCUGCUCCGGCGGGACCGCUUCAAGGUGCUCAUCUUCCAGGAGGAAAAUGAGAUCCCCGCCAGUGUUUUUGCAAAAGAGCCUAUUCCCAGCAUUACAGAAGGCAAAGAGGAGCCUGUGGAUGAGAACAAAACACUGGAAGAAAGCUUGCACACAGUGGAAUUGUGUUCCGAUGAUGAAAUGCUUCAUGAGGAAGAUGACGUGGAUGACAGCGCAGAGGAGAAAACAGAAGAAUCAAGAGCUGAGAAAAUUAAAAGAUCCAGCCUCAAGAAGGUAGACAGCCUCAAGAAAGCAUUUUCCCGACAAAACAUCGAGAAGAAGAUGAACAAGAUCAGCACAAAGAUUGUCUCGCCCGAACGGAGAGAAAAGAUCAAGAAAUCGCUUACUGUACAUCAUCAGAAAUCCUCUUCUUCAAAGAGUUCACCUUUCAAAGUAUCUCCCCUCACAUUCAAUGUGAAGAAAGUCCGUGAAGGAGAAAGCCCUGCUGAAGCUGAGGACAGACCAACAGAAACUACAAGCAACAACCAAGCUGAGAACGAGGAUGAAAUGUCAUUCGCUGACAUGCACUCAGAUAUGACACCUACCACCUCGCUGACAGAGGAGGGCAAAGCAGCAGCUGAUUCUCUAGAGAAAGAAGGCAGAAUGGAAGGGAACGCCAUGAUGAACAACAACAUCGAGCUGUCCAUUGUUGAAGAUGAUGAAGAGUAUGGGAUGCCUCUAGAAGUUUCUAGCCAGAAACUGUACGAUGAAAGAAACAACCCAGUCGGCGGGGAAAUGGAACAAUCUGACGAAGAAACGACCCAAGCAGCUGUCCUGCAGAUAGACCAAACAGCGUAA